UAAAAAGUCCCCGGCUUGACCCAGGCCCUCCCCUCUGAGAGAAAGGUCGUUUCUGAGUCAUAGGAUAGCCGGCUUGUUUGGGGGAGAACAUAAUACACCGACGGACAUACCACAACGCUGCAUCAGACCUUGUAACAGCCAGCAGAGCAGACGUGGGAGCUAUUCUGAUUACGAUCCUACCGACAUGCCCACCUGAGGGGCAUCUUUGAUUGUGGGAGGUUUUCUUGUGGCUCAAACUGAGGCAUUAUCCCAAUUCAGCAGACGACAAGCUAGAGAGAAGAUGGCGGAUUUGAAUCUCUUCAUGUGCUGUAUAGCGCUGCUCGUUUUAAAUGUAGAUCAAGGGCUAGGGGGUGCCUUCGAUGAGAUCGACCCCAGCACUACCCCUGGACCCGGGCGUGGCAGUAGGUGUGGGGAAGACAUCGAUAUAGACAGACACAGCCGCCUGGAGGUGGACGACCCCUACUUUCUCUCUGAUACCACAUGCUGUGCAAGAAACUUUGACAAAUGGUACCACAACCUGUACCCCUUCGACAAACCUCCUUCCAACCAACUGGAAUUCCAAGAUUUCUUCCAAUGGGACAAAAUAUGCAGCCGCUGGCGAGCUGCCGCCCUGUGUGUGUACGCCGUCAAACCAGUGCCCGAGUGUACAGAAGAGUGGUCUCUCCAUCUCCUCCGGAACCGUUCCUACCUCAUCUACCCAUGGCAGGACAAACUGGGACCCUCCCCGCACUACGCCUUCUACGACAGAACCUGCAUGGGGGACGCCAUUAAGCCCGAGAUCAGGAAGUUUCUGGUAAGCCCUGAGCUGUCUCCCCAGUGUAUGUCCCCCAGGGAGAUCACAGCCAUGCAGAACUGUUCCAGACAUACCCACGAGAUCUACCAAUCUGACAGGCUGCACGACAUCUCCAACGAUUUACGGGCACAUUACGACAGGCUCGCUAGGGCUCAGUUCCGAUGUAUGCGAGAUAUCGUGACGGCCUCGCGCUGUAAUGACGUCACCAGGGAGUAUUUCUUUCACUUGGUGAAGUUACAGCUUCCUUCUAUCAUCAAUGAGACCACGCUGGACAUGCAACGAGACGCCACAGUGAACUUUGCCAGUGAAACCCGAUGCACGAUCGGAGUAUACGGCGAUCCUCAUCUGAAGAUGUGUAACGAUAGUCAGCUGUACACCUGCUCUUCCCAGGGACGCCAUUUUUACUUCACCAAUAAAUACAUCCAGAUCAGUGGAGUGAACGAAUACAUCGGUCAGAGGGCCACCACGGUCAGGAGUCUUAAUGCCUAUUUCCGCAGAAUGAACGACAGUGAGAUUGUCGGCUCGUACACGGCCCGUAAUGGGCAGCUACCUGUGAACUUUGACAACACUCACCUAAACUAUAUAGGAACUGGCAUGGACCGGGUGGUACUCACUGGAAUGCACUAUUCCCAGGUACAGAUACUACACGAGACGCUGGGAGUGGUCUUAAUGAUACAGCACUGGGGCCCACACUAUUUCUUCACCAUCAGAGCCGCGGAUAAACUCUGCCAGGAAUCCUACGGUCUCCUGAUUACUGGUUGUCCAGCUAAUCAACUCAUUGGCAGAGGGGGAGUCAUUGAGGAACGCCGCCAGAGAUCUCGAAAGAAGCGUUCGGAGACGCGCUGUUACCAAGUGUGUCAGGAUGUGGAGGACCCAGCGUUCAGAGAGACAUGCGAGUUUGAUUGUGUGGUGUCAAGAAACCCUGCUAUAUCUCAAAUGACAAAGGACGCGGUGAAAGACGUGGAACGAGUGAAGCGAAUGGACCGCGCAGUGAUCGCUAAGGCCUUGUACGUCUCCACGACGACGACCAGCACAACCACCACCACCACCGCCGCACCCCCGCCAGCCGUGUCUGCAACAGCCCCAGCCCCGGGACAACAAGGCGUGGACUUUACCUUGUACGGCGCUCUAGUGGGUGUGGCCGUCUCUUUAUUCCUAAUCUUAGCGGCUAUAGGACUGUACAAAUAUAUCUCAAUUAGGAGGCGCAGGAAGAAGUACGAGGUGAAAAAGCGAGCUCAAGAUAAAGAUAGGUUAAAGGCUGAGGAGGAUGAAAAAGAAAAAUUAUAGGAAAACUAGGUAGAACAUAAAAUGUAUAUGUAAAAUAUGUAAAAUGGAUUGGGUUGUCAAAAAUGUAUUAUUCCAAAUGAGCCUUGAGUGAUAUUGAACACGGAAUGCAAAACCUUACUUAUGUAAUUUGUCUAUAACUUCAAGACAUAAUAUACAGUAUAAUAGGUCUUUACAUUGAUGCAUUUGUAUGAGGUUUGUAGAGUUUUUUUUUUACUUCUCAAUGCCCAAAUAUAUCUCAUUACGUUGGUACCUUGCUGUCUUAUGCCCAUUAUUCUUGGUACUUUAUCAUUAUUUCUAGUGGCGUAGGGAUGUUUACAGAAUUAGAUAGGCGUUAUAGUUGAUUGUUGUUAAACCAUAACUGGAAUUCAUGUAAUAGUAAGCUAUAUAUUUUUGUGGUAUUAAAUGUUAUUCAAUUAAUAUAUUAUAUUGAAUCAUAUAACUGAUGACGACAGCAUUGAUCUUACAAAGCCAAAUGUAAUGGUUGGUUUUAUGAAAACCAAAUACAACAAGGAGGUCUGUUACGUUGUCAGAAUCCCUUGAUGCAAGCCCUGUUAGUCAUUUAUAUUUCAUAUUCUUAGCCAUCAGCUUCACGUUGACGUAAGAAGACAGCGUCCCUUCUUGUUUUCUAGUAUUGAUGUCAUACAGAGGGACCUUCCUGUAUCCCGUGUGUUUCAGCUGUACGACACACCUUCCUCUGUCGGUGGGUGUCUCCCUCAGCUGCGGCGUUCGGGACGCCAGGCGUAUCUUCAGUUCCCUGCCUAGUUCCCGUAGACCCAUUGUAGUCACGGGUGACAGGGGCCUGCAGGGAAUGGGAAGCGAUGAAAUGCGCCUGCGCAAGUCCUAAACAGAAAACGUCUUGCACAGAAAAAUCUUGACAAAAAAACUGCAUUGUUAUGAAUAACAAAUUCCCAAGAAACAGCAUCUAUCUGAAUUAAACUCAACUGAUAUAGCUUACGCCCUAUACAUACGUAGAUUCUAGGCCUACAAUGUGCUGACGGUUUGGUCACGUUUUGUUUUGGGCUACGUAAAAUACCAUGAAAGAUAUAAGACAUUAAACCCAGCUUACUUGUGUGUCUAUACAGUACCAAAAUUGUGUGCAAAUAUGUACAUUUUUACAUCGACGAUUUCCAGUUGAAACUAAGUUAUGCAUUUUCCUGUUUAAACAUGUAUCUAAUAAUAAUAAUAAUACAUCAUAUACUAUAGUUAUCGGAAUUUCUGAAUUCAAAUGUUGCCAAUAAAAGUUGGUAUAUAUCUUACUUGUUUUAUGGCCUCCUUAAUAUCUGAGUGCGACGGCGAUUUUGUCUGAUGACCGGAUUUACUUUGAGAGUUUGGGGUGAGGACAUUUCUUUGGAUGUUUUUUAUAUUCUUCAAUACACCUUUAGUAUUUAUCUUUGUAUCGAUUGUUUUAGGCGUGGUCUGUGUAAGUAUCUUGAAUAUGAAAAUGCAUUUUCUCAUGAUUAAAACAUCUUUAUACCUGCACAUGUUCACAGACUACUUCCAUAUCUUAAGCAUGUUAAAUCUUUGUAAAACAAUAAAAUCAAAAUGUAAAAUGCUCACAAUCAUU